GUUUUGUACGCGUGUAUGUGUGUAUCCCUUACCUCUACCUACUACAUGCAGAGCAAACACCUUACCGCACCUCCCACGCGUGCACUUUUCCCCACCACCUGUUGCACAAUGAAAUUUGAAUUGUCCGUUGGUGACGGUUAAUCGAAACGUAUGUACAGUGUCUCCAGCAAAGUUUGUCGUCGAUCUAAUGGACCGAAUUCCUGUACUAGCUUGCACUUGAGCACCAACUUUCCCGAGAGAUGAGUGAUUCUGGAGAUGCUGUUAAAUAUAAAUGGACCCCGGACAGUACCUCGUUGUUGGUGUCAGUGUGGUCUGAUAGACAAGUUCAAAAACAGCUCGAGUACACGUCGAAACCACAGUUAAUAUGGGAUAGUGUCGCUCGAUAUAUGAAGAAAAAAGGGUACAACGUAUCUGGGAAACAAUGUCGAUCGCGGAUGAAACAGGUUUUGGUGUGCUAUCGUGAAGCCAAACGGGCUGGCACACGAGCAGGUGUAGAGCAAUAUUAUGAAUCGAUUGAUAGAGUUCUGAAAAAUAAGCGUCUUGAAGAAGUUAAUACUAAUGGUAUAGACACUGUAGAUGCUGCAAUACAUGUUAAGUCUCCUCCGAAAGAAGUAAAGACAAAUAAAAAUUUACAAAUGAGACACAAGUUUCAGGAGCCUGUGCAGUCAAUGCAUCAUUCAGAAGCAUUGUCUCCUACGUGGGGUUUUAGACGUGAAAAUGAAUAUCCAGAUUCCCCUGAAUCGAAUGAAACUGUAAUAGCUAGACCUUAUAAUAGAGUAUUCUCUCCCACUAGAGAUGUGGCUAUUAACACAGGUGAACAAUUGGUACAAUUAGCUGGUAAAUCAGUCCAGUACAAUUCUAUUCCAAUGGAGGAACCAUUGCGUGCUAAUUAUAAGCAAAAUUUAUUACCUUAUCGUUAUGGAGAAAUACCUUAUCAAAAUGCAGUACAGAAUGUGCAAAAUCAAAUAAUUCAAGAGAACAUGCAACAACACCAAACUUUACAACAAAAUUGUAUGAGCCAUCAGCAAAAUAUGUUGGUGAAUAAUCUAGGAUUUCAACAAAAUCAGCACAAUUUAAAUCAGAAUUUAAUAAUGCAGCCUGUCGAUGUCCCAAUGAAAAUUAGUCCAACAAUUGUACAAAAUGUUAAUUUGGAACAGUUACUCCAGCAACAAAAUCAUUUGCAACAAGUAGCUCAGGCGAAUAAUCGUGCAAUGCCACAAGAGCCAAGAAAAAUUGUAUUUGGACAAAAUUUAGCAGCUACAUACAAACAGCAAUAUGGUAAUAUGUUGUCUCAUAUGCCUGCUGUAGUAGAUAAUAAAGGAGUCGGAUGUCUAUCUCCAGAUUAUUCUCCAGAUGUUUCCCAGAACUUGAACGACGCUUUUUGUCAAACAAAAAAUGAUGAUAAAUCGCAUAACUUGAAUGAAACUUAUAAUCAAGCUGUACAAGCAGGAACUCAAGAUGCUUCUAUAUUAACAAAUAAUGCAACUUGCAACGAUGAAAGUCUUAUACUAGAAUUUUUGAUGGAUUCUUUAAGUCAAGCAGGAAGUGACCAUAAAUCAAAAGAUACUGCCGUUAAUACAGACAAUAUUCCCAACGUGCCAAUUAGAAAGAAGAAAGCCCAGAAGUUGGAACAACUUGUUUUAGGUGCCAUUAGUUCUCAAAAUGAAGUCGUUAAUAGGAUUCUUGCUGCGCAAAACGAUAUGUUAACAAAAUUCUUAGAUUUAGAUAGAGAUCGUCAAAAUAGACUUGAAAAUCGAUUGGACGACUUAUUGAAAGUCGUACACAAUAAUGUACUCACGAAACAGUCUUCGGAAACAGAUGUUGGAGUAUCUCCACCGUCACCAGAACCUACCAUAACUUGUCUAGUGCCUCCACCAAUGCCCGGAGCUGCACCUCCUAAACUGGAUUUAGUUCCUCCAAAACCUUGCCGGGUCCCUUGUACAGUACCAAAUUCUAAUGUUGAAUUAAUUAAUCAAAAUCCUGUGAUGACGAGACCGGGCAUUGUUUCACCUAUAACUAGUCCAGUGAAAAAGCCUGGUACCAUAUGGUCGAAACUGGGACCAGUAUCACAGUCACCUUUCGUGAAGGCUCAACAACGUUUGGGUUUCCAAGCUGUUUCAGCAACAGACACUCGAACUCAAUCUUCUGCGGAGAGACGCAUAGCAAGAGAAAUGGAUCAAAUUAACAUGAACACAGAAACAUUGAAGUACGAAACCACGAAAUUCUUAGAAAUGGAGAGACAACUGGAAGAGAAAGUUGAAAAUGCCCGUCUCGAGACAGCUAUAGGUCGAACUCUGCAUGCUCGAAGAAGGUUGUUCACCCAACGAGAACCUAAUGCAGCAAUGAUAUUGACUGCAGCGUUCUUGGAAAACGAAUGUCGCAUUUCUGAACAACUUAUGGACUCUUACGAACGGCAACGAAAUUUAAAAAAUGCCGAUGAUGAAUUAUUGACUGGUCAAGGAGAAAGCUAUGAUCAUCUACGACGGCUGAGUAUGCAGCCUGCAUGUGUAGCUGGUGAACCUUGUGAUACGUCCACACCAGCAAAAUUCGGAGCUGUAUCUGGUAAUAGCGAGAGAGCAGCUGUAGCAGUACCGAAACAAACAAUUCAACAGUUAGCUCAGCUUGUAAUGAAUACUGGAAGAUGGAAGGAUCUGGCCGCACAGAAUCGUGUGCCAUCAGUACAAAUGAAUGCAGAGAGACAACAAAGUAGUCGUCCGCCAAUACAAAUGAAUGCAGAAAGACUACAAAGUAAUCGUCCAUUAGUUCAAACAAAUAUAGGACAGGAAAAUGGUUUUCCACUAGUUCAAGCGAAUGUAGAAAGGCAAAAUGGUUUUCCACUAGUUCAAGCGAACGUAGAAAGACAAAAUGGUUUCCCGGUAGUUCAAGCGAACGUAGAAAGACAAAAUGGUUUCCCGGUAGUUCAAGCGAACGUAGAAAGACAAAAUGGUUUCCCGGUAGUUCAAGCGAACGUAGAAAGACAAAAUGGUUUUCCAUUAGUUCAAGCGAAUGUAGAAAGGCAAAAUGGUUUUCCAGUAGUUCAAGCAAACGUAGAAAGACAAAAUGGUUUUCCAGUAGUUCAAGCGAAUGUAGAAAAGCUACAAAAUGGCUAUCAAGCAAAUGUAGAAAGACAACAAAACGGCUUUCCAGCGGGUUACAACGAUGCAAUUACCAUUGCACAGCCUAGUGCCCCGUUCAGAGGAAACGAUUUAAAACCUGACAAAAGUUACGUCAAAGAUUGGGUGCUAAAUAAGUAUGGAGAUGCAAUGAAUGAACAAAAGACGAAUUAUGCACAGUCUUGUAAUACCAUAAACACUAAACCUAACUUCCCUAUAGGUUUUACUAAUGCACUGCUAGAUACUGAGAAUGCAAAAAUGAAAGAAGCUAAUGUUGACGUUCGUAGAUCUAUUGGAUAUAACAAUAAUACGUUGCCGGAUCGUAAACAACAAACUGUACGUUUCAUGGAUGAAGCAUUGGCUGAACUACAACGAAUGUACAUUGAAAGACUGUCCAAGGAUCAGCAAGAAAAAAAUGAUAGCUUGCCAUAUGUGGCUGGUAAUGGUAACAGUGUCUCUAUCCAUAGCCGACAAAUGAUUGAAAAAUAUAUUAACGAUAUAAUGCCAAAAAGGCAGUUUAGGGAUGGUAAAGAUAGAGACAGUGAUUCUGAUGACGAGUUCUUGGAUACCACUACUUCAAUGCCUACAAUUGUACCGCGCAGAGGAUCUCUCACGUCGACUGGUACAGCUUCAACAGAAGCUCCCCCCCAUUCCACGAAACUGUCAAAAGAUAAUUGUGUAAUCAGUUAAUUAUAUAAGCAUGAAGGAAUAAGUAGUACAACAAGUAAGUAAUUUUAAUCUUAUGGCAAAAAUCUAUGGCUAUACUAUAAUAAUUAUAGUUUUUUGAUUAACUGAUUUAUAACAAAAUGAUUUAUCUCACGA